AUGAAUGUUUUGGUCAGCUUUGUCAUCCUGUCCUUUUGUGACUCAGCAUCUCUUUUUCACUUGGGUUCGGAGCCCCACCGGAAGAGUUAUGUUCCUGUAUCUGAAGCCAUCCAGAAACUGCAGGAAGUGUUUGCUUUUGGUGAGCUGCCACACAACAUUACAUCAGCUAAAAAACCUCCUCAUUUUAUGCUAGAACUGUAUAGUCGAGUGGCUGCACCUGAUGGAAGCACCAAAGCACCUGGACUCCUGAAAGGCAAUGUGGUAAGAAGCUUUGAAAACAAAGUUUUUUCAGAAACAGGAUAUCCAUUCUAUUUUUUCAACAUCUCAUCUGUGAGAAGCAAUGAGCGCAUGUUAAAAGCUGAGCUCCGGGUGUUCAAGUGGAAGCCAUUUGGAUUGACAACCAAAUAUCAUUUUUGUAGGGUGGAUGUGUAUGAGCUGUUAGAUAGUUCGUCAAGACCUUGGAGAGGAAAUCUAAUCUCGUCUCGACUUCUUCCUCUGCAUUCACAAGGCUGGGAGGUGUUUAAUGUCACUCAGACAGUUUCAAGGUGGGUUGGAGAUUACAGUGCCAAUCAUGGUUUCCUUAUUGGCUUUACUCCACCCUCAGCAAAUUUUGUAGAAACUGACCCCCUCAUUCUUGCAAAGCACAAGUCAGACAGCAAGAAAUCCUAUUUGGUCCUAUUUAGUGAUGAUGGCAGGAGAGGAGCACCAAACACCUAUACAGCUCCCAUUAUAAAAUACACAGAUGAUUCUCUUCUACCAUCUGAAGAUCUUUCCCUAAUACAUCUAGCAACACAUAAGUUUCCAAUGGUGAUAGACCAUACUAGAAGUCGGAAAACUCGGGAUGUAUAUCCUAGUAGAUAUCCUCCAUGUGAACGCAAGCAUCUCUAUGUGGACUUUGAAGACAUUGGUUGGGCUGGCUGGAUCAUCUCCCCAAAGGGAUAUAAUGCUUACCAUUGCAAGGGAACAUGUCUAUUCCCUAUGGGACAAGGUUUGGGUGCCACAAAUCAUGCUACUGUACAGUCCAUUGUCCAUGCUCUCAAACUUAAUCAAGACAUUGGAACACCAUGUUGUGUUCCAGAUCGUCUUAAUUCAAUUAACUUACUUUACUUUGAUGAUGAAGAGAAUGUUGUUCUGAAGCAGUAUGAUGACAUGGUGGCAACAAGCUGUGGCUGCCACUGA